UAAUAAAGUUAAUUUAUACAAACUGUUACAAGUGAUUGUGCAAUAAAACAAGUGUAAUUUUUAAGUAUUUCUCAAAAGGAUAUAGAUAACAAUAAUGUGACUCUGAUUCUUGACGAUUCUGAUUUACCACCAUAGCAAAAAAUGCUAUAGUAAAUAAUUAAUCAAAGCAAUUUGCUUUUACCCCAGCAAAUAAAAAUUGAUCAUAUCACCAAGAUAUGCUGGUUUCCCUCACAUGAUAGUAUGUUCACCAAGAAGUGUUGCCCAAAAAUCGACCGCGUUAUUGUUUACAAUUGCAUUUGCUUGCUGUUACCUUCGUGAUGGCCACAAUCGGUUCGGAUGGAAUUGGCAGUAGCCGAUGUGGUAUUUUAGAGACUCGGGUGCGAGGUUGUUGGUAUAGAGUGGCAGUAGUGUUGGAGGCAGAUUAUUUGAGUGUCACCCUUGAUGAAUCUUGUGAGACUUCGACGGCACUAAAUGGUGGUGCAUCGUUACUCAACAAUAACAACAACCUGCCGGAGACGCCGUGCCGGGACGCCGAUGUUCCGGACGCUGUGGCUAACCAGAAGCGACAGGUGCGCGUUGUUAAAUCCGACAAUAAUGGCCUAGGUGUCAGUAUCAAAGGCGGUCGUGAAAAUCGUAUGCCGAUAUUGAUAAGUAAAAUAUUUCGUGGUUUGGCGGCCGACGCAGCGGGUGGCUUGUACGUGGGCGAUGCCAUAUUAAGUGUUAAUGGAGAAGACCUAAGGGACGCCACUCAUGAUGAAGCUGUCAAAGCGUUGAAGAGAGCAGGAAGGGUUGUGAAUUUAGAAGUUAAAUACCUGCGAGAAGUAACGCCAUACUUCAGGAAGGCUUCAAUAAUAUCAGAAGUGGGAUGGGAGCUGCAGCGCGGCUUUCUCGGUGCACCGCCACCUGCGCCGCCUUCGCCUCAGAGAGCAGACACGCGCUACAUACCAUUGCAGCUCACAUGCCUGGGCAGAAAUCUGCGACAUCACGAUCCUGACGGUCGAACUUUCGAACUGGUUUCGCCAGAUGGAGUACAUUCGCUGCUGCUGCGCGCAGCAGACGCACAAGAAGCAGCAUGCUGGUUCAACGCUCUUCAUGGAGCAAUGGCGAGGUGUUGUAGGGCGGCUGUCGUUGAAGCAAAUUAUGCUCUGGCUGGUAUCAUGUCAGAGUUAAGGCAUAUAGGCUGGUUGUCUAGGAAAUCUGGAAGCGGGGAACAGAAUGGUCGUUCGAGCUCGGAAAGUUCUGAUGAUUCUGAGAGGUGGUUCAGUGUAUUUGUUGCAGUUACGGAUACAGAAUUAAGGUUAUAUGAAUGCGCGCCAUGGUCUCCGGAGGCUUGGAGCAGCCCAACAGAAUGCUGCGCUCUUGCUUCGACGCGGCUCGCUGGUUCUUCACACGCCGGUGGAGGUGCCCAACACGGGAAUAGUCACAAUAACAGUGGUACUCUGAAUCAUAACAGCUCCGCAACGGGUACUUUACGAGGAGGUUCGGCUGCUGGACGAAUAUUUACUGUUCGAUGUGGCACGCCGAGAGGAGUUGUCAGUUACCAGUUUAGGGCUGAAACACAACGUGAUGUAGCAACAUGGGCUCGGGCACUUGUCCAAGGAAGCCAUCAGGCAGUGCUUAAUCAACGUGAAUUUACAUUUAAAUGCUUAUUCAGAGGUAGACCGAGUGUGUUAACCCUGCAUGUUGAAAAUGGUUUUGCUUUAUCUCCUGAUAUUUGUAAUCAACCCGGCGCCACAAAUUCAUUAAAAAAUUCAAAAGCUGUUUAUCCAUUUGAUAAAUUACGAGGUUCAGCCGAUGAUGGAAUCAGAAUGCUUUGGCUAGAUUUUGCUGGAGAAGAAGGAGAACUUGAGUUGGACAUGGAAGGAUGCCCGAAGCCUGUUGUUUUUAUAUUACAUAAUUGCUUGUCUGCUAAAGUUCACACUCUAACAGUGUAGUCGGGAUAAGAGGGAAUUUGUCUCGAUGCACUAGUUAACAAUGAUUAACAUGUAAAUAGGGUAGGUGAAAAAGUCUUCUCUAAACGCAAUCUUUGUACUACUUUGAAUAAAUUUUUAUAACUAAUGAUAAUUAUAAUUAUAAAAUUUGUUUAUUCCAAUCACAUAUCCAGGUUGUGAGUGCAAAACUUCUAAAAUACCUAUUAAAACUAUUUAGCGAUUUGCUUUUAAUGUACUACCUAAGGAAUUUAUACUUGUUUAACUAUGGGUAUUACUUAGCUUGUAUCAAAAAUAUAUCUUCCAAUUUAUAUUAAAUUUUUUAUAUAGACCUGCCAUUUUCUUUACUUUUCUCUCCCGAUCAUCAUCAUUGAUCAAUUGACAUCACCACAUCACAAACACUAGCUAAAAAUUAAAUGUAAGAUUUUGGUACUGAUUUGUACACUGACAUGUAUGUUUUUCUAAAGAUACACACAUAAUACCUAAACACACAUUUUUAUUUAAAAAAAGGUAUUUAUCUGCUAAUCAUAGCUGCAAUUUAG